AUGGCGCUGCUCGAUGCUGCUCCGCAGACUUCUUCGGGACCGACUUUAUUUGGCGUGCCCAUGAAGCAGGUCUCUUUGAUCACGAUACUCCACUACUCCAGGAUAAUGCCCGCACCCGGCGACCACCGCUACUUUGCCUCGACUGCCGUCUUUCUAAACGAAGUGCUAAAGCUCGCCAUAUCCCUGACUUUUGCCAUAUAUGAAGUCUCGCGAACUCUCGCUCCACAAACCCCCGCAAGCGUUGUGCUCGAACAGAUCUACAAUUCCGUCUUUUCGGGCGACAGCUGGAAACUGGCGAUCCCGGCAACACUGUACAUCCUGCAAAACACCCUGCAAUAUGUGGCUCUCGGAAAUCUGGACCCAGUCCAUUUCCAAGUUCUCUAUCAGCUCAAGAUUAUUGCCACUGCAUUCUUCAGCGUCGUCAUGUUGCAGCGCUCAUUGACGACCAAACGAUGGAUCUCGCUUAUCCUUUUGACCAUCGGGGUCUCCGUCGGCUCUCUACCCUCUCCCGACUCCAAAGAUGCAACUAUCAUGAUUCACGACUUCAGCGACCACUUUUUUCCGCGCUCCAUGCACGAGCUGGGGCAGAUGACAGGCAGUGUUGGCGAUGUGGCCCGUGAGCUGACAAAGAGGGCUGUCGGUGGCGCAGUGGGCGGGCUCAUGGCGCGCUCAGCCUCUUACCAGGGCAUCGACGAUGAUGAGGAUACGCACCCGAAAAUGGUCCGUUCCGUCGGCGUCACAGCGGUUCUUGUGGCCGUGACGGUAUCAGGACUGACAAGCGUCUACUUUGAAAAGGUCUUAAAGGACACGAACGCACCCGUCUCCAUCUGGACCCGGAAUAUCCAGCUGUCUUUCUAUUCCCUGUUCCCUGCUCUUUUCAUUGGCAUCCUCUACAAGGAUGGGGAGGAAAUAGUCCAACACGGCUUCUUUGAUGGCUACAACUGGAUCGUCUGGACCGUCAUCAUCUUCCAGGCUGCUGGCGGGAUCCUCACUUCUCUGUGCAUCAACUACGCCGACAAUAUCGCCAAAAAUUUUGCCACCAGUAUCAGUUUCGUCAUUAGCUUUCUGUUUAGCAUCUGGUUCUUCGAAUUGCAUGUCACUUCUUCUUUUUUGAUUGGCACGUCACUCGUGCUCGUAUCCACAUACCUUUACACGGGCCCUGAUCGGAGACGAGGACGGCCACCACCUAUCACAAUUGUCAACUACGAGAAAACUACCGUCGUGGAUACCCCAAAUUACACCGACGAGGCAAAGUUGUCUCCUGACCUGCUGGCAACCGCUUGA